AUGAGCAUCAUCGAAAACCGUCUUAAGGACCUCGGAGUUUCCCUGCCCGAAGCAGCCGCGCCGGCAGCGAACUACGUCCCCUUCGUGAAAACAGGAAACCAGCUCUAUAUCUCAGGACAGCUUCCCAUGAUGGAUGGCAAGAUCCAAGUCACGGGCAAGCUCGGUGCCGAUGUUGACCUUGAAAGCGGAAAGUCUGCAGCCCGGUUCUGUGCCAUCAAUCUUCUUGCACAGGCCAAGGCCGCGACCGGUAAUCUCGACAAGGUUACGCGCCUUGUGAAAAUUGUCGGCUUUGUGAAUUCUACCGAUGAUUUCACAGAUCAGCCUCAGGUCAUCAAUGGUGCCUCCGACUUCCUCGUGGAAGCGAUGGGGGACAAGGGACGACACGCCCGAUCCGCCGUCAGCGCGGCCUCCCUGCCCUUUGGCGUUGCGGUUGAAAUCGACGCUAUUUUUGAAAUCGAAGACUGA